AUGACCAACUCGUUUUCGAAACCAUUGUCUCCUGAAGAGGAGAGACGUUUGCAGAAGAGGCAUCUCAUGCCCUAUCCAGUGGUCCAAGAACCACAGGAAAGAAAGAUUGAAAAUUUCAAGUAUGCCAUGGGAGCCCAGUCUGGAUACUUUUCCCAUUGGCGUCUACGACGUGCUGGACCUCCAGCAGACAUGAUAGCUCACGUGAUGGGCUACGCGAAAACAGUGUCUGAAUUGGCACUCAGUGCCGAACAACAGGCCUCAUUGUACCGCAAGUGUCUCAGUGACACGGCGCUCACAGCUUACGACAAGGCAGUGACAAAAUAUCGUGCAAGCAUCGCUGCUGUGCCGGCACAAGACGGUCAACCUGCACGAAUGGCAAUCGAUUUCGACAUCGUGCAAUGCCUCAGGACGUUUGUGGCGUCACGUACCACAGAAGUGGCCCGUUACAACCAGAUUGAAGGCCUCAAGGUCCAACGCAAACCACGCAAAGUGGAAUGCCAUGAAUGGGAAGACGACUACUUGGUCGCUGUCGAAGCAGCUCAAUGGUUGCGUGGCACACAUCCCAUUCCAGAAGGAGUCGCGUUGCUCCGUCACUACCUCGACUCCUAUGCCGUGGCAUGGGUAGUCGAAUACGAAAAGAUACACGGAAAAGUUCUCGAGAACAAAGAAAUGGGGGACAUUACGUCUUUCAUGCACGAUCGUGCAGUGGAGGCUGAUUCUGCAGCCAUUCGCAAUCAGCAGAAGCAAAAGACUCAAGUCCCAAAGGCAAAACCACGUACUGCCAAACACUACUCCAAGAGUGAACGCAAUGGCAGCAAGCCGCGUCAGCAAUCCACAGGACGUCUCGCAGAUGACGCUCCAUGUCCCAUUCAUCCAAAUGGCAACCAUCAAUGGAAGGAUUGUUUUUCCAAUGCCAACAACCCGAAUGCUCGCAAGUUCCGUUCUAGCGGCAAGGGCAACAGUGGUCGCAAGCCCGACAACAAAGAUAGCAAAGACCACAAUCACAAGAAUGACGAACAGUUUGCCGUCGAAGAAGAGUUAGCUCCUGGCUUCCAGGACAACUCUGACGGAUCUGGAAUCGUUCGAUUCGAUCCCAGCUUCAGCAACAUCGAUGACGAGAAUAUCUCGCUUGCCUGA